CGGGAGUUUGGACCUCCCGGCCACACGCGGGGCCAAACGCAGAUAGCGUUAAAAAAUGCGCCUGAUUUUUGCUAGGCGCGAGUUUAGUGUAAUCGCACGAGAGCAAUAACGAACGAGUGUACGGCAGGUCUGUUCUCCUUUCAAGAAAUUCACACGUUAUAACAGGUGAAGUGUACAUACUAAAUUCUCAGUGUACGUCGAAUUUCUUCAACCGGUGCAGCCAGUUCGGCAGAAAGAACGGACCGAAGAACACGUGGAGCGAAGGGAAAAAGGAAGAGAAAAAGGAGACUCUUGGGACUAGACGUUUGUAAUUCCUACAGUGAAUCAGCGAGAAUAACAACGACUUAGCUUUCGGUGGCCAGAAAUAAGAAAUUCGCCAGUACAACAGGUGCUCACACGUGGGUGCAGAGCAUUCCUCCGGAAACAGAUCCCGACGAACGCUCUAUGUUACGAGGAUGGCGAAGCUCAAUGCAUACUACACGUUAUGUCCGCUCAUCGAUCAGCAGAGUCUGCUGGGCGUCGAGCAGGACAAGGAAUCGGGCUGGGCGAUAGUAUCCCUCGGCAAGAAUAUAGUGAUACGAUACAAGCUGAUGGACCUAAAGCAGAGCAGGAGUUGGUCCAGUAAAGACAAGCUGACGUCACAGGUGAUUUACGACAAGUGGGAUCAGCGUUACGCAGCUAUCUUCAACGAAAAGAAGAUACGGAUGUGGUCGGAGGACGAGGAGGACCUGAACAAUGUUAAAGGACACAAGUUUCUCUCCCCACUGCACACUAUUCUCACGCACGACGAAUCACCGCCUAUUCUGGUCCAGCAGAAUGGAGCCACAGCUUCCUUGAAGUGGGCGGUCGCAAACAGGAAGACGUGGGCUAGUAAAGGCAUACUGAAGACCAAGGAGAAAUUGUUGCAGUGUCAGUUAAUACAUCUGAACAAAAAGACUAGUCUGUGCUGCUUGACGAAGAUAGAAGAGACACACAACUGUUUGGUUGUCAAACUGACGAGCAACGCCUGCUUGGAGAAGGCGGACACUAUCAAGAGAAUCGAGCUGAAGCGAGAAUCGGAGGAACUUACGGGAUACACGAUGAUACAGCACAACAAUAACGCGUAUUUCCUGACUCUGUGGUCACAUGGUAGAUUAUACAGUCACUUCUUGGCAGGAACGUCCGCCGAUACCGGAGUCGGCACGUUGAUCAGUGUGAUCAGCAACAUCAAUACGAAAAAUCCGGUGGUCAUAACGAACCUGAACGAGACGACCGUAGCGGUUUACGGGGCGGACAUCACGGACGAGGGCGCGAUCCUCAUGAUAUACAACGUCCAGUACAAGCUGGUGCAGGCGGUGCAGAAGCUGAAGCUUUACACGAGCGACGCGAAGCUGUGGAAGGUGGCGGACAAAUUGUUGCUGGCGGCGAACAGGCACUUGGCCGUCGCGCCGUAUCAACUGGCGCCCCAGAGGAUAGCCGCCAUGUUGGGCUCGUAUUCGCGCUACGAGAACAACGACGACACGGACGACGUCGUCGAGAUAAAGGAGGUGACGGUGGCUGAGUGGGAGAAGAAUCGAACUGGCCCCAAUCACGCGUCGUUGGGCCGAGUACCUCCGAAGAUUUCCAAGCAAGUGUCCGCUUAUCUGAGCGAAGGAUGGAGCGACGUGGCGAUCCAGGAGAACCUGAUCCCGUUCUUGAUCGGGUUCGACGACAUUCCGUCCAUCUGUUGGUGUCUCGACAGGUUCAAGGAUCUGCCGGAGAAACUGCUGGUGGAUCUCUUGACGUUCUCCCUGAGAAGUCCGGACAGGGUGUUCGUUCAGCUGCCGAACGGCGACGCGUCGACAUCCGUUGACAAUCCGUACUCGAGAUACGAUUUUCUCGAUAAAGUCUUGAGCAUCGAUUAUUCCAGCACCGCUCUCCUGACGCACCUGAAGUCCAGUUUAACGUUCGACGAGGUGCUCCGAUUGUUGGAGUACCUGACGAAUAAGCUGAACGAGCAGAUGAACUCGUUCAACGGCGGCUCGCAACCAAGCGAACAGCAAUUGUACAAAUGGCCCAGUGUGCUGCUCGAUGCUUACUAUCAGCAUUACCUGAUGUCGCAAGACGCCCACGUCUUGGAGCUUUUCAAUCGGCUCAACUUCGUCUUGGAGGAACACGCUCAGUUCCUGCGAGAUCUCGAUAAUUUAAGGCCUAUGAUGAACGAUAUAAUGAACGGAAAGGAAAAGGAAAAGAAGAAAAAGAAGAACUCCUCGAAGAAAUACAACAAAUACUAUUCUAUAGAACAAAUCAGAAUUUUCUAAGUUGGACGGCAAAAUUGAGAAACAUCCCUUAAUUUCGUAGAAAUUGUCGGCGAUGCGUUUCGGAUGAGACGUACGCUUCCAUCGAUUUUACACUGUGGGUAUUUCGUGAGAGUAAUUUAUAAAAAAAAAAAAGACAAAAAUCGUGUAAGACAAAAUAAAUUUUACUGAGAAAUUUUCAA